ACCUUAUACGUCUUAUACAUCCUUUUCUAUCCGCUUGCGCUGUCUCUAUCCGCUUUGUGCCUCUUUACAUCCGCUCACGCCAUCUGUAUCCCAUAUAUAUCCAGUCUCUACACCCUAACGUUGUUCAGGACUCUCUUAUUCCGUAUCCUAAAACAUGUCCUUUUUCCUACUCUUCAGGGAAGCCUACUUUCCCGUGGGGGUUUCUCCUAAAGGGACGAAGACUGCCCAAGGAAGACCGUUAAUUAAUUAUACUUCCUGAAGGGCAGUCGAAGUUAGUUAAUGUAUUGUAUGCGUUAUUAGCUAUUAAAGAUGCUAAUGCGUUCAAAUUUAGCGAGGAGAGGUGUUCAGCCGCCGCAUAGACGCAGAUUCUCGAGCUAUCAUCCAGUCACACUUUUUUCGACGGAUCAAAAAGUGGAAAUUAGCAGCGAGAAGAUACGUAUAAAAGUCGGGAUCUCCGCCAGUGAGGGAAACACUUGUACUUCAGCUGCCGAAGAUUAAGCCAGUCGAUUACCCAGGAAACCAAGAGAUGCGCCGCGCUGUGAUCCUGUUCGUGGGCUGCCUGGUCGCCGCCUCGCUACUCCUGCCGGCGGCGGAGGCGAGGCCGCAGGUUCACUCGUACGACGUCGCCGAAGUCAAUGCCGAAGUCUUCGAGGAACAGGACGAGGUGGAGGAAUCCGAACGCGGGGGAAAUUACGUCGAGAUCCAGGAAAGCGUAGCAGAGGACGGCGCGUCUCCCACGGGCGCCGCCGGGAACAUCGCUCUGGAAGUCCUCGACGAAGUGGGAGACGCCCUUGGCUCCAGGGGGGACGCCCUGCGCAGGAUGGAGGCGCUGCUGCAGGCCUCCAGGGGCGCCUACGGCAGAUGAGGCUUAUCCCGGGCUGAUUUGGGAGGGGCGCGAGGAGGAGGAUGGGCGUGCUGUG